GGGAUUUCCCUAGUUAAGUGUUUGCACUCAGGGCUGCCACGAUCUGCAAAGUUUGGAAACAAAAUUUGUGAUUUUCAAGUCGGUUUUAGUUGGUUCUGCGUGCUGAAAUAGUUGAAAAUUAACAAGUGAUACUUGUUAGAAUCAGACCAUGCAUAUUACUACCUGCGAAAUGCACACAUGCGGCGAGCCGUUGAGAAUCAUUGAAAAUGGAUUUCCAAAUAUCUCGGGGGAAACAAUCUUGGAAAAGAUCGCUUACAUACGAGAAAAUUGCGAUCAUAUAAGGAAGUUUUUGAUGCAUGAGCCUCGUGGGCAUCAUGAUAUGUAUGGAACAUUGAGAGUUAAACCAGAUUUACCAAAUGCAGAUGCAGCAUUUAUAUUUAUGCACAAUGAAGGGUAUAGUACAAUGUGCGGACAUGCCAUCAUUGCCUUGGGAAGAUACUGUGUGGAUACCAAUAUAGUUGAAGCAAAAGAGCCAGAAACCUUGGUCAAUAUUCAAUGUCCAUGCGGGCUUAUUCCAACCUAUGUUUCGUAUAGUGAUGGUCUAUCUGGGAGAGUGAGGUUUCAAAGUGUUCCAUCCUUCGUUUUGAAAAUGGAUGUCAAUGUAAAUGUACCAAACAUUGGUAUGGUCAAUGUAGACAUAUCUUAUGGAGGAGCAUUUUAUGCCUUUGUUUCUACUGAUGCACUUGGUUUGAAAGUUAAGGCUGGUGAUGCAUUGAAAGCCGUGGAAAUUGGACAAGCUGUAACUAAUGCCACUAAAAAGAUUGUUAAAGUGGAACACCCAGAAAGUGAAGAUCUUGGAUUCUUAUAUGGCACUAUAAUAUAUGAUAGAACAGAAUUGAAAUCAAAUGAUUUGGUUCGACAAAUGACAGUGUUCGCGGAUCGUGAGUUGGAUCGAAGCCCGACUGGAUCAGGAACAGCAGCUCACAUUGCUCUGCUAUACGCUAAACGUCUACUAGAUCUAAAUUGUGAAAAAACAUUCCAGAGUAUAGUCAAUGACUCAAAGUUCACUGGGAAGAUUGUCAAAGAAGCCAAAUGUGGAAACUUUAAUGCCGUUAUAGCAGAAGUGUCUGGCAAUGCCUAUUACAUCGGCAAAAAUUCGUUUACAUCAGAAGAUAAAGAUCCUUUAAAGGCUGGGUUCACUGUCCGAUGACUGCAAAUUCAAUUAUAUUUCAUCGGUCAUACCUACACCGGACUGCUUCUAAUUAAUCAACAUUUACAUUAAAAUAUCUUGUGUAUUCUCUCAUCAAAAUUGCAAUAUAGAAUAAGACAAAAAUAAAUACAUGAUCAUCACGA